UACGCGUUAAAAUUUAUGCUCGGAUCACAAAAUGAUAGCGUUCUAAAAGUGGAGCUGGCCAGUAUGUACGGCGUGGUGGCUGGCCAGAAGCACAGCAGGGGCAAGAGGGCGCAGCGGCACGACCAGAAUGCGGAAGCUAAAAAUCGUGGGAUCCGUGAGCGGCUCAUGGCAUACGUGAAGAAGCGGCUCAACCCUCAACCAGAGGACGAGUGCGAGGAGUCGGUGUGCGGCGGCGGCGCCGUGCGGCACCGGCCCGAGCCGCUGGGCGCGUUGGCGCAGUCCACGCGCUUCACCAAGCACGAGAUCAAGCUCAUGUACAGGGGCUUCAAACAGGAGUGCCCGUCGGGCGUGGUGGACGAGGAGGCCUUCAAGCACAUAUUCUCGCAAUUUUUCCCCCUGGGAGACGCCUCCCAGUACGCACACCUCGUGUUCAACACAAUCAAACACAAGCAGCACGGGAAAAUUAAUUUUGAGGAGUUCCUGGAGAUCCUGUCGCGAGUGGCUCGAGGAUCUGUCCAGGAGAAAUUGUCCUGGGUGUUCGCGCUGUACGACGUGGACGGGGAUGGGAGAAUCUCGCGCGCGGAGAUGCUGUCGGUGGUCCAGGCCAUAUACGAGUUGCUGGGUAGAGCUGCUGCCCCUCCGGUCCACAACACCGCCGCUAAAGACCACGUGGACAGAAUAUUCCAUCUUAUAGACACGAACGCGGACGGCGUGGUGACCCCCGACGAGCUGGCCAGCUGGUGCAGCCGCGACCCCGCCCUGCUGAGCUCCCUCGACACGCUCGACACCGUGUUGUGAUCCGCGCCCGCGCCCGAGCACUCCUCCGGCGCAUACAAUAGGUCGGACUCGGCGCAUGCGUCCUGCUCCACAGCGGCUGAUAACUGCGACUCGCCGCCGGCGGGUCCUCCUCCCCCUCUGCCAGUUACCUCUCCUCCUAUCUCUCCUCCUGUACAAGUUUUAAAGGAGACCGGGAAGCAGAGGCGAGCUUCGCAACCGCCGCCAGUCCCGGCGAGAGCAACGGCUACAGUUAAUGUAACAGAAGAAACAGCAUCGCGUAAGGCUAAACGGCGAGUCCGCCGCAUGUCCUCUCCACAACAGCCGCGGUGAAAACCUAACCUUAUUGUCUAGUAGAUAAGUACGAAAAUUCAAUAUCAAGGUACAACCUGCAAGGGGAAUUCUACUUAAUUGCGUGUAUUUAAGAAAGAGAUUUCAACUUCAGUGCUUUAUGUGAGCUACUUUAUACUACGAGUACAUAAUGCCUUUCAAUGACUUUAAGAAAUAAUUACUUUUAAGGAAAUCAGUGUGCUGAAUGUAUGUGACAUUGAAAACAAACAGAAGGGAAUGCAUUAACAAUUUGUUAAAGCAUAAGCUGCAAAUAUGCCACAAAAUGUUUUAUUACUCACCCGUAUAAUUAGGCGUUUUCUUCAAGCUGUUGAACUACAGUUGGGCUAUUUAUUCAUUAACAACAAUCGACAUCAUCCAUCACGCAGAGGUCGUUCACACGUCAUCGUGAGAACACCAAUUAUGUGGCAGAAGACACUUACGCGAUCUUUCAAUUUUGAUUUUUAACUAACUUGCCAAUAAGCUGCGUUAUGCGUCAUAUUUUAACUUUUUAUUAAAUUCGAAAUCGUUUAUUUUCAAAAAUUUCUAUUAAGUUAUUGUUUCGAAAACCUAGGUGCAUUUAUUUAUUUAUUUAAAAUCAUUUAAAAUAAAUGCAAAAUGCACAUCAUUAACAAAAUUUAAAGACAAUUCACGUGAACAAUUCCAAGGGAUAAAAUGUAAUAUUCGAUUUUCAUUAUUUUACAUCGUAUUCACAUACAUUCUGCAUAUUAUCAGAGACGAGCACGUUCAAUUACAUUGGUGUCGUCUAUAUAUACAAAUUUCGAACGAGUCUUGAAUAUUAUAAUAAACAAUUAUAAAUUAAAUUAAAUAAGUAAGUACGAAUCGAUUUAAAAAUCCAAAUGCUUUACUAAAUUACCACAAAUAUAAUAUUAUUAUGUGGUCUAGGUAUUACAACAGUGGUAAUGAACGUGGUACUGUAUAUGACGAUAAUCUUUGACAAGAUCCAUUGAAAAUUGUGGCAUAAUUAUAAUAGUAUUAUUAUUUAAUAGUAGUUGUUAUAAGGAAUUACUUAUUUCAAUGAAUGUACACGUAUCUGAGAAAACGAUAAGCAAUACUUCAGUAUUAAGAAUUUUUCAUGUACUUAUUUGAACAAUCUUUAGAGACGCUAGGACCUUGUCACCGUCAAUUGGAUCUUUCGAUUGCUUCGUAGCUUUAAUACUUCUAAAUACAUUUCAUGUGACAGGGAACCUAGAAUGAUAUGCGCAUGCAUGCUUAAGAUGCGAAGCAGAUGUUUCAUGUCGGACCUAGUCAUUGUACAGUAUAUCAAAAAAAGAAUUACAAAAAAGCUACAAAAAUUAUAUUUACGUUUGAUUCUGUGUUACAAGUGUUAAAUUCUGAAUUAUUUUUAAAUGAAUAUAAAUCAAAAUUGAUAAAUAAAUUAGCAUAAGAAAAAAUUUAUUAAAUUCCAAUUAAUUCCUUUAGCUUUUUUCCUGUAUAGUGUACACUGACUAGAUCUUAUAAUCUAGACAUUUCUCUCCUUUAGAGUAAACUUCAAUUGUUGCUUCCUUCAAAAUCUAUCGAUUAGUUUUAAGACACUUUGAUAAAUCUAAUGUAGAAUAAGUACAACUUAAAGAGGCCAAUUUAAAAGUGCUAUCUACACAUGUUGGAGAAUGCAAAUAUUUUAAAAAACAGCACAAUAUUUUUAAAAUAUAUAUAUAUAAAAAAAGAAACAUAUCUGCACCUGAACAUAAGAUUGAUAUUUCACAUGCGUUGAAACACGUAUAUUAAAUUAUUUAUCAUUAUAUAUUUCGUUCAAUACAAAAUAUAUCACCAUCAUCAUUAUAUCAGACUUUAACUAUCCACUGCUGAACAUAAGCCUUC